AUGGAGCGUCUUCUUCUGCUUCUCGUUUUGGGCCUCGCAGGUGCGUCGCCGCUGAUGGACGACAACCUGUGCCAGCCUCACUCCAGACCCUGGCAGGUGUGGCUUCAGACCCCCUGGAAGAGAUGCAGCGGCGCCCUCGUAAACCGCUGGUGGCUGGUGACGUCCGCCGCCUGCGCUUCGACCGACGUCACGGCGUCCCUGGGCGAACAUAAUGUGAUGGAGGACGAGGGCACCGAGCAGCACAUUGCCGUGGCGGAGGUUAUCCGCCACAGCCCGUACCGCUCACCCCUGCACAGCCUGGUCAUGAUGCGCCUGGCCCAGCCGGCCCAUUUCACCCAAUACGUGCAGCCCAUCGGCCUGCCGGGUCGCUGCCCUCAGCCGGGAGACAGCUGCACUGUCAGCGGAUGGGGCUCCACAGUGCCCAAUCAGUAUGAGUCUCCUAACCAGCUCAAGUGUUUAACUGUACCGGUUGUGGAAGAUCAAACUUGCAUGAAUGCGUUCCCCGACUACCUGUUCUGGAGCUUGGGGAUGGUGUGUGCUGGCGGGGCUGACGCCGCUGGCUGCUUGAAGGACAAUGGCGCCGUGCUGGUGUGCGACGGACAGCUGCAGGGCGUGCAGUGGGUGGAUCUGGGCUGUCGGAACGCCGAGCACCCCAGCGUCUACACCAAGCUGUGCAAAUACAACGACUGGAUGCGCAGAGUGAUGGACAGCCACACGCCGACCACCACCACCGCACGGCCCUUCACCUCCAAGAGCCCAUGA